AUGGGUGCCUUUAGUGACGCAUUUCAAGCAACCAUUUUCGUCCAAAGUAGAAUGCGAGAAUCGGCGAAGCCGCCAGUACGUGGGAAAACAUCUCCGUAUGGAUUCUUCGUAAAAAUGUGCUAUGAGGAACAUAAAAAAAAGUACCCAAAUGAAAAUGUUCAGGUGACAGAAAUAAGUAAAAAAUGUUCCGAAAAAUGGAAAACUAUGUCAGACGAUGAAAAACGAAGAUUUUUCGAAUUAGCACAAAAAGAUGCAGAACGUUACCAAGCUGAAGUUGCUGCUUACGGAGGAGAGGAUGCAUUACGUAAACGAAAACGUGUCAAGAAAGAUCCAAAUGCACCAAAACGGGCUUUAUCUGCAUUCUUCUUCUUUUCUCACGAUAAGCGACCUGAGGUACAGCAGCAGCAUCCAGAAUGGAAAGUCGGUCAAGUAGCGCAAGAACUGGGAAGAUUUUGGAAAGCAUUGAGUGAGGAGGAGCGAGCCGUUUAUGAACGUAAAGCUUUAGAAGAUAAAGAGCGAUAUGCUGAGGAAAUGAGAAAUUACAAAGGAGCACCAGUGCAGACAAUCACUUCUAUGAAAUUGCCGAUGAUGACGACCGUUGAAGGUGUCCCUGCAAGUGGACUGAUGCAAAUGGGGGUGCCACAAACUCAUGCCCAGCAAAUGGUUCAAGCACAGGAAGUAAACGACGAAGGGGGCGAAGACUGA